AUGCAUCGUAUCUGGAUUGAAAGUAUUCUUGCUGAUGCGACUUACGAACUGAUAAUACCAGGAAGCAACUCUACAAUUGCAGACGACAUUCUUUCUGCCCAGCCCCGCUCAACUGUGUUUUAUGAUGAAACACUUGCUUUUUAUCUGGCUCUUAGAGUAGGACCAUCUUCAGCCAAACUAGAACCAAGCCAGCUGGAAGAGCUUGCAGCCAAGUAUGUGCAGAUUCAUGUCAUGGCUACUCUGAGCGAAGUAGCAGCAGAUGCAGCCUCAAAAAUAUCCGUCAAUACAUCUACUUCAAAGUCGAGUUUAAAUGCAACCGCGGCAUUAGGGGAAGCAGCCUCGUUGUCUGCAACGCUCAAUACCCCACCCAUCGCUACUUCACAGCGCAACCGACUGAGCGGGACUGUAACCAGACCAAAAAGAUCUUCAUCUAUGAUGUCCAUGUAUAGUCAAAGAUCAACCGCAAUGACAGAUGGAGAUGUAUUGGAUAAUCGCUCAUCUGCUACUUCUAAUUCGUAUCUACAUAAUCUUGGUCAUCCGCAACAGAAAUUCCAAAAUACAUCCAAAUCAUCCGCUCAAGAGCUGUUGUUUUCAUACACUUAUUCCACUCAAAAGUCAUGCAAAUCACCUAUUAUCUGUGCAUCUGGAACUUGUAUUCUGUUUCCUUUGGCUGUAAAAUUAGAUAUUGGCAGAACAAAAUUGACCCGAUCCAAAACCAACAAGGUUAAUUUGUCUGCAACAAUUAGUCAGGUUAUUACAAAAUAUGACGAAGAAGUUGCACUCGGUGGUCCGAUUUGCAACCCCGAAGACUUUGAUGGUGUAAAUAUAUUUGAAAACCUUGAUAGUGAUGUACUAUUUGAUCAGCCACCUACAUUCAUUUUAUCAAACCAUCACAAACGAUUGACCCAGCCCACAUUACCAGCAUUUAGUCACACAUCCAUUACUACUUUGACAGUUAUUCCAACAUUGUCAGUUUCUAUCAAUACCACGAGUUCUGGUUCAAAAAACACCAUGCUUCUUACUAUUUUGAUUGAAAAGAAUCCAGAAUUUCGAGGUAAAUUUUCUACAGAGGUAGAGAGUGUUCAAGUGCAAAUGGUGAAUGCGUUGAUUCAUCCUGUUUCUCAUUCAUCAAUGCUUCCCAUUCAAAUUCAAGAGUCCGAUCAGCUUCUUUUGUUGUACAAUGUAGUACUAAUUGAUCAAAAUCUAAACGUACCACACACUCAUAUUGCAAAUAGUGCAAACCAUUCUCAAGCGGGUAGUUUCUCUUCAUCGACGAGUCCUACAUUUCCUCAAACCUAUGAUCGCACGUUUCGAUCACAAAUCAUAGAUCGAAUGCGUUUGAUAUCUAUACUGAUUCAUAGUAGACCGCACGUUUCUGGAAGCUGCGAUCAACAGCUUGCCUCUACUUGGUAUGUAAAGCUGCGAGUUGGUUCGCAGGGAGAACUUCCGUUUUAUAUUGGUGCGCCAGCAUUUCAUGGUAGACAGUUUGAAUUUGGUCAAGCCGUUCGUGGUAUACAAUUGGAUCCAUUGACAAGUAAAUCUGGUCUCGAGUUUUCAUUUCACGUCAUGUCGACUAUUGUUUUGCGACGGGUGUUUAGAGUACAGGUUUUAAUUGUCAAUCACUCUGAUAAGGAGCAUAAUUUGUCACUGUUGAUUCCCAUGCCAUCACAGUUUUCUGAGCUGACCAAAGGACCAAGUCGAGAUUUGUUUCCCAGAUUACAUUGGGACAAUGAUGAUCUGGUGGAAAAGUAUAUUAGCCAGCAGCAUGAAGAGGUGUCGAUUGCAUGUUUAGAAAAUCGCAUUGAUUUAAAUCCAAUUCCACCCAAUGCGUGUCACCUUGCCAAUCUACACUAUAUUGUCAUCAAGGGACAAGUGCAUAAACUCCCACCUAUUGAGGUUCUUGACACGGAUUCGGGUACUCGAACUACAAUCAAGGAAGCGCUGCAAGUGUUUGUUGAGCGCAUGCAUUACGACCAUACUCACGUAAAAUGA